AUGUGUUCCAAGGUUAGCUUCGAAAGUUAUGAAUGUUUGAAAAAGUCCAACAGAGUGAUGUGAAAAACGAUUUUGUUUUUUUAGAAGAAUUUUUUUGUUCAACCUUGUCAAUAUUUUAACAUAAGUGCAUCAAUUCAGAGUGCAACAUUGCAACCUUACUUGGAGGCAGUGCGUCACUCCCUUCAGGCGGCUUUGUGCCUUGAACAGUUCAGUUCCCAAGUCGUAGAUCGCCAUAACAAACCCGAGGUUAUAUUUGAGAAAUUUUUGUAGUUAGCUUGAAAAUCGCUCCUUUUAGGUAGAAGUUCAAACCUCGAAGGAACUUCUUUUGACGCCGGUUGUAGUCGCCAGGAACAAGCACGAACGCGUAUUAAUUGAGCCUUCGGUUAACGCUGUCAGGUACAAUUUAAGAUUUGAAGCGGAGAAAGGGCUUCGUCACGCCUGUUCAAAGCGUCCGGCGGCCGUACGGUACGACGCAGUGUAAACCGGGCGGUAGCCUCGCGCUUCAAACAGGCGUGUGGUUAAUGCUAGCCUUUAAAUUAUAUAUUUUCAUAACUUGAGAUGGAAGCGGAGUUGCGGGAAACUUCUCUAUAAAAUAUAUAAAUAAAGGCAUUGUAAUUUUUAUACGUUUUCCAGAGUUUCAAUCGCAAUCAAGCAAUCUGAUGAUAUUGAGAGGAUUUUGUGUCACAAAUUCACCCGCUUCAUGUGUCAACGAGCAGACAACUUUUUCGUACUCCGAAGAAAACCGAUUGCAGGUAUUCUUUUUCUUUUUGGUAAAUACUUGAUAAAAUCUCACCAUCUAAACAUUUCAAGGAUACGACAUAUCUUUUCUGAUCACCGCGGCCCACACUGAAGCCAUGUUCAAACACAAACUCGUCGAUUUCCUGCUCCACUUCAUGCAAGAGAUUGACAAGGUUUCGGAUUUGUUCUUGUCCAGAUUUCAUCUUUUUUUAUUUUGUAGGAAAUCAGUGAGAUGAAACUGUCCCUGAACGCCCGUGCGCGUGUUUCCGCCGAAGAAUUCCUCAAACGCUUUAAUUAG